AUGGACCCUCUUUCCCUCGCCGCCUCGCUCGCCGGCGUCAUCACUACAUCAACCCAGAUUCUCGGCAUCAUCAACACCGUCAACUCCAAGAACAACGAAGAGCUAGACUCCCUCUCCCGAGAGGUGACAGCCGUCCGUGCUAUUCUCUUCCAGAUCCAGCGGAUCAUCCAGCUCCAAUCUGCGAAACCAACCAAAAGCUCUGAAUGGCUAGAAGCGCUCAAUGAUACGCUCGAUGACUGUGGGGAUCUGUACCUCGGCUUGCAGAAGGAGUUGCAGGGAUUAUCUUAUCAUUCCAAGUUUGACGCGCUCAAGAAAAAGAUCAAAUGGACGCUCAAAGAGAAGAAUAUUCUCGAGACGCUGAGGAAAUUGGAGAGCUACAAGCUAUCAUUGGACUUGUUGCUUUCGGUUCAGACUAGCACGACAACGUCGAAUAUUGAAGACAUACUUGUCCAGGUGCAGAAGAAGCUCUCGCUGAAAUCUGCUGAGUCUCCUGCUGUGCAGACACCUCUUUCCUGGAGAAAGAACCUAGCAGGAUUCGUUGCAAAGCCUGCGCAGACGCAGAACCAAAACAACUCAGCAGCAUUCAGUGAUACACAGAGCGCCUACGGUAUCAAUCAAGAUGAAGGUGCCGAUGCGCCAGAUCUUAACAGCCCAGAUCUAACGAGCGUUUGCGAAAUAGAAAUCGGUCACCAAACGAUCAGCCUCAUCUGCGGCUGGGAAGAGUCAUCAAUAAACGCGGCUAUCAAACCAAUCCGGGCCCAUAUCCUCUUCAAAGGGCCAUCGCAGAGUGAUCUUUACUUUCUGCAGCUGGGAGAAUCCUUGAGCAACAAACUCAUCGAGCGAUUCGUCGUUCCAGUCGGAAACUUGAGUCUUAUCAUCGCCCGCUGUGACGGGAAAAACUCGGCCUGUCUCCUGGAUGACCUAGCUACGCGUGACAAUUGCGAGGACUUCCAGCUUUCGGUGGAUAAAUAUGCACUCCAACCUAGCCUAGGAACUCAGCAGAUCCUGGUGAACUUUGAGAGUGCACAAGAUGGAACCGAAAGAUCCUACAUCUAUCCAUACCUCGAUAUCGACUAUAGCGUUUCCAAUGAACCACCUAGGCUCACGUGUCGAACGAAGCCAAAUGGCACAGCCGUAAUAUUCAGAGAGGACCUAUCGACCUUACAUAUGGAAAUAGUCUCAACAGAAACCGUUCUCUGCACGACGCCGGGGGGAAAGACCAUCUCAGCUACAUUCGGAUCUCUGAAUGAGUUGGUUCAGACCUUCUAUCGCUUACGAGAUGCCGUCGAAGAGUGGAGAUUGCUCAAUACCAAAGGGCUUGAUGACUACGAGACAAAGGCAGAAUGGGAACUCGGAAGCUUCGAAUUCCUAGAGAAUCUCGGAAGCCGCGAGUUCCAAGAAAGUUCCAAAAGCCAAGUCAGCCCGUUCUGCAUGGUUCGCGCCGUUGCAAAGUCCGACCGCGUCUACAAGCGCUUGAAGAUAGAUAUCUUUGACGAAAAGACCUCCGAGAAGCUGGCUUCUUGCUUUGUGGUUCUUUCGGCCGUCCUCUUUCAUAAGAAGCAUUUCAGACGGGCGGAUCCCAAAUUCUUCACUAUACCUAUGUUCGUGGCUGGGUUCUGGGAUUUGAGGAAUGGCGGUACGGAAACACCUGAUAAUUUCCGAGCUGGUCAGGUUCGGAUGCAUACUAGUGAUGACAAGAAGACGUGCGAAGAGCUUGAAGAAUUGGUUGAGACCAUAAUCGAAGGGACUAGAGAUGCGCAGAAGCGUUUUCUGUGCGAAGUGGGUCGAGUCUAG